CACACAGCCCGGCAACAGUCGUGCGUGUGAGAGAGCCUGGCGGACUGGCAGCAGCGCAGGCCAAGGGACGAGAGCAGAGGAUGACGAGCCGCUGGACGGUCGUCGUUCGCGCCUACUAGAGCUAUACUUACUAUCUGCAGUGUACAUAAUACUAUCUAGGAUUACCAAUUGACCAGCGGCGGCGGAGAGUACAACACAGCGAGUGUUGUGCAGCUCUUUCCGGGGAGGGGGCCCUCGGAAGAUGUGCAUCGCUUCGCCCGACGACGACUGCAGCAGUGAUCCGUUGUUGUGCUAUUUGCGGCUGCAUCUCCGCGCAUGCAGGAGCAGCAGUGCCAGCAGCAGCAGCAGCAGUCACAGGCUCGCGGUGGCUUGAGGCAAAGUAUGAGAGUCAACCCUAGCAAGAUGUGCACUCCGAUCGAGGAGAAGGUCGAGCAGAAUCUCAAGGUGAGGACUGGUAUGGUAGCAGUGAGCGAUGGCAAAAUCAAGCCUAUACCGACAAGACUCCAUCUUACGAUGGAAGUUCUCAAGCUACAGAGAGAGGAUUUGGAGCAGUCAGCCAAUCAUAACAAGAUACCUGCAGAUACUAAAGAAAGAAUGGUACAAAUUACUCGUCAGAAGGUAGGAGGUCUGGGUCUCAGUAUAAAGGGUGGAGCCGAACACAAGUUACCUGUACUGAUAUCUAGAAUUUACAAGGGUCAGGCUGCAGAUCAGUGUGGUCAACUCUUUGUUGGAGAUGCUAUUAUUAAAGUCAAUGGAGAAUACAUUACUGCGUGCAAUCAUGAUGAUGCUGUGAAUAUCCUUCGAAAUGCUGGCGAUAUUGUGGUUUUAACUGUUAAGCACUAUCGAGCAGCAAAGCCAUUUUUACAGAAAACAGAGAAGGAAGAAAAGUUAGACAAUGCUAGUAAUGGAGCUGCAGAAGAUGGGUGGGUUUCGCCUAGUAAACUAGUUGCAAGCAGUCCAAAAGCUAGUGGUCACAGUAGACAAGGUUCAAAUGCUUCAACAAGCUCUACCAAGCAGAAGAAGUGGGUGGACAUAGUUACAGUGCCCCUGAUGAUGGCAUAUGUGACAAGAUACAUCUUUGGCACUGACAAAUUGAGACGAAACGCUUUCGAAGUUAGAGGUUUAAAUGGAGCACGAACUGGAGUGAUACAUUGCGACGACACCGCGAUUCUCAGUCAAUGGCUCAAAUACAUUGCCGACAAUAUCACAAGUUUGACUUAUCUGCAGAUGAAGUUGUACAAUCGAAACUUUGGCGUUGGCGAGAGAAUCGAGUACAUGGGCUGGGUAAACGAAGCCGUGAGCAACAGUAACCAACUGUGGCAAAGCUACAGACCAAGGUUCUUGGCGCUCAAGGGUCCAGAUUUACUUCUGUUUGAAACGCCUCCCUGUAACAUAGGCGACUGGUCACGCUGUGCCCUCACCUUCAAGGUCUACCAGACGCUGUUCCGCGUGAUGCGCGAAUCCGAGAACGUGGACGAGCGUCAGCACUGCUUCCUGGUCCAGAGUCCGGGCAAGCCGCCGCGCUACCUCAGCGUGGAAACGCGACAGGAGCUUCUGCGAAUCGAGGCUGCCUGGCACACCGCUGUCUGCUCUGCCGUCACGCAUCUCAAGAGUAAAACUUUUCCUAUAACACUGAAUGGAAGAGCUGCCGGUCUUACGUUAGAUUGGACACAAGGAUUUACUUUGACAUUUGAAGGGACGACGGAUCCUGUUUGGAGGUACAAAUUUCAUCAACUUCGAGGCUCUAGCGAUGAUGGGAAGAGCAAACUGAAACUACAUUUUCAGGAACACGAUAGCAUCGCUAUUGAAACUAAGGAAUUGGAAUGUUCACAACUACAGAAUUUAUUAUUCUGCAUAUACGCAUUUAUCACAGCAAGAGUCGCCGCGGUGGAUCCGACAUUUUUAAGAUCGGCGACCCCGUAAGAAUUAAAGACGUAAACGAGAAUUACGCACGACUGAGAAAGUUACGUAGCCCGCCAUUGAAAUCCGUUAUAUUCUUAAGUUUAAGACUUUUUAUUUGUUUACGGACAAACACAUAUUAGGUAAACUAAGCGUGAGUGCGUUUUUUGUGCGAAGCGUAUAACGCGAUAAUUUUUAAACCUAAGGUAAAAUUAACAAGUACUAGUCAAGAAUUUCACGUAGGCUUUCACGCGCACGUACUAUUGACUCGACCAAAUCAACCCUCCAGGUUUUGAUAGUAUGUAUAGGGACGCCUGCACAAUGUCUUGUAUACAUAAAUAUUUUUCCCUUUCCAUUCGUUUUAUUCUAAUUCGAUUUAUUGUACUGCGUAGACGUUGCUUACCACGAGAAUCUGGAGGAUUCCAUUACGCUUCAUUGCUUUUUGCCGAUAUAACUUCUUUUCGUAUACUUUUUUACGCUUCUUUUUUUACUCACUAUUACGUGCAGAAGAUACAUUGUAGAUUUGUAUGGUUUUUGUAACACUUUUUCUUAAGAUUAUUAACAUUUUGAUUAAUUGCUUUCCGCGAGCAUGAUGCAUUUCACAUCGAACAUUAUAGGUGCCUUGAUAAUUAUAACCAUGACGAUCCAUGCUGAUUACCGGAAUGGUAACAAUCAAGUUGCAUAAAUCAUCUCGAAAAACCUUGGUUCAAAGGUGUAACGGCAAUGCAGAUGCCCAUAAUUUCAUCGUACGGAUUUUUUUUUUAAUUUUUUUACUAGACCCGUAUAAUGUUUUUUCAUCGUUUAUGGUAAACGCCAGUAUUAUUCUAUUGUCAAUAAAACGUGACGACGUCACAGCUAUAGCUCCAUAGCAAUAAAGACUAAGUAGUUAACAUAAAUCUCAAUAACCAUGGUGGUUUCGUAAAAAAUGAAAGAAUGAUUAUUAUUCUGAGUAAUUUCGAGCUAGGGUCAUCUAGUUUAGCUGUUACCAAUUGUAAUAGCAGCUUUCUGCUUUUGUUUUUGAUAACUGUUUACGAUGCUUUAUUAUUUAAAAAUAAGAAAGAAAAUGGAAAAGUCAAUGCGCGAGUAAAACGUUACCUGCUUUUCGUUUUGACCCACAAUGUUUCCAUGAGAAAUAUAUCGCAAUUGCUCGUAAGUUUUUUGCUUCAGUAGAAAAUUAACGAUACGUGAAUUGAUAGAUUACAAAAGAGUUCAAAACGUUCCUGAAAUGAUAAAUAAAAUUUACGUACUUUGUAAAUAGAGUCACGGUCGGGUAGACCUAAACUGACCAUUGGAAGGGUUCAUUAAACUAUAUAUAUAUUUAUAAAACGAUAGCUUGAGUUCACUUAUCAAAUCUUUUAAAGAUUGUAAAAUAUCCAGAAUACUUCUAUAAAUUAUCUGAAUAUAUAUUAGUGAAGAGAUUAGUUUCAGGUAAUGUACGUUUAUUGUUACAAAUUUAUAGAGUAUUUUUAAAGUUCUAUUUUCGAUCCUUCGAUUACUCGUAGAAAGUGCCUAAUAUAUCGUAUCUUAGUCAUUGUUGUAGGUUAAAUAAGUAUAAAUUUCUUUUUUUAACGACUUUGAUAUCGCUUGAAUUGUUGGAGCUAGAAAAGUAAAAGUGCUUAAUGUUUAACGAGCAAAAGUAUAAAAUUCUUCGAUUUUUACUGCUCUGCCGUAAAUUUAUCUAGUCUGUAAUUUUUUUAGAUGCCACCAUGGUUAAAGAAUACUCGACUUUACAUAGCGGAAGUUAAGGUAGAAACUUCCUAAUAUAAAAUCAUAAAGUUAAGAAAAUAAAAAUAAAAAAAGCAUAAAAAUUGCGAAUGAUAUGGAUACGUAUGAAUGCGUGUAUAUGAAUCAGAGCUGGGUUAAAUGUGUUUCAAAUAAAAAGUAGAGAAUGGAAAAUGAUCUUGAACCGCGAUACUUACUUUUUUAUUUCUUAGAAGACAUUAUUUGCCUUACAAUAAAAAUAAUUUGAUGAAAUCAAAGUUAAAUGUAACAGUUUCUACUUUUAUAAAUAGUCAAUGACCAAAGUAAUGUUUCAUUGUUAUACCCAACUAAGAAAUGCUUAAACUAUAACUCUUUCUAAAAGUACAAUGUAUAAUUAUAACAUAACGAUGUUAACAACAGAUGUUACAUUGAAUUAAGCAAUUUUUACGAUACGGCGACAAAAGCCGUUUGUAUACCAAAAGUCAUUUUUUACUAACAACUAGUCCUACAUUUUUUAAAUAUAUUAAAAUUCAUUAACGACUAAAAGAUUAAUUAUCUCUAAGAAAUAAAAACUUUCACUUCUUUAAUGCAGAGAAUCUUCAAUAGCAAGAUUAUAGGUCCAAAAAAUGUUGUACUCGAAAAUAAGAAUUCAAAUAAUGUGAUAUACACUAAUGAAUAUUUCCCACUCGUGUUCUUUACGUUUUAAGGAUACAAAAAUAUGGUGUAUCAAAUACUCUUGCUUGAGCUGCUACUUUUGAUCGAAACUAUCUCUUUCGACAAAUUACUAAAGGCUGUUUCAAGACCAUUUUCUAUUGUCUAUGGCGUCAAUUAAAAAUUACUUUAUCCAGCUUUGAUCGCGGCGUGCUUUAAAGGCGGUUACAUGAGAGUAAGAUAAGUAAAUAAAUAUAUAAGCGAUUGAAUUUAAUUACAGAAGAAUAAGCCGGCAUCAUUUCGACCGUGCACCCUUUUUCGAAUAAGGCACUAAAUCACGUUCGCGAAAGCCUAUGAAGACAAUUAUCUUAUGCAAAAAAGAUAUUAUAAUAAAUAUAAUAUGCAUAUACGUAUAUAAACACAUGUUACGCAUAUCAAGCGACUAUCGCACUAUAAAUGCACUUGGAGAAUGAAUUUUCGAUUUGACAAAAUCGUUUGAUCAUUAUCUAUUUUCUUAUAAACUAAGAUGCUUAGUCUUUUUUGAAAUAAUAUGAUAUGUAUACUACUAAUGGUAGGAAAUUAAUCGAUAACCACACGCUUCAAAUGCAUAUAUGUCGAUGUAUAUAUAUUUUAAAAGUGAUAAAACAAAUCUUCUAAUAGUUAUCAGAUAUUUUCGAAUAUAUUAUAUUGCGUAUUUUAGGUAAACGUAUAAAUUGAAAUGAUAUAAAAGCAAAUUUAUGAAAUAUUUUUAUCGUUUCCAUCGCGCGCGAGUGCCGUGCGGAAAUCUCACUCAUAAUAUAAUUGAAAGCUAUACAAGAAAAACUCGAAUACCUGAAUUAGCGCGUACACAUAUAAUACAAUACUGAUUUCAUCGAAAUGCCAAUUUUGUCGAAGCGAGCGAAAAUUUUCCCCGAGUGUGUACAUUAUCACCACCUCCACCACCACCACCGCUACACGACCUGUAAUUAAAUUUAGAUCGUCAUUAACAGACUGCACAAUUGUAUUGUACUACGUAUAAGUUAUAGAAUAUGCAAAAUUUAACGGGAGGCGAGGAGGAAGGGGAGGGCGAAGCAGAUAGAAAGUAUAAACACUAUAAAUAUAUACGAGUUAUAAAGGUGUUAUGUAAGUGCAACCGAAAAAAAUGAUAAAAAAAAACGCUUGACCGUAUGCAUGAUGACUAAAAAAAAAAAGAGACGACUACGAUGUUGAUUUUAUCGCGACUUUGUAAAAGUCCUUCGGGCGGAGAGCUUGUGAAGAAAAAAAAUCGCUUUUUUGACGCGCGCGCGACUUCAUUUUUUACUACUCGAAAGCGAGCGAUCGAAAACAAACCGCAUGCUGUUAUACUUAUAGCUCUCAUCGUUUCGCAUACAUUGUCUGUAUACGUAUAUUAUAUAUAUACACCUAUAUAUAUAUAUAUAUAUAUAUAUGCUGCUUCGAGCGCGAUCCUCCGUCUGUAUACUUAGUUUUGGUGUAGAAAAACGAAGAGGAGAUGAUCUUCCCGAAGGACGUUAUCGCGCGCUCAUAUAUUAUUCUGCAAACCUUUUUCUCUUCUAUGUCACGGACACUCGCACACAAUCAUACAACUCAAGUACACCACUAUUGCAUCAAGCGAUAAUCUCGUUCUGUAUACCACGCAUCGCGCAAGACGUCAUAUCAUUGUAAGAAAAAUAAAAAAAAAAAAACAAAACAAGCGAACAAACGAACAAAGUGAAGCGCGCGGAUAUUAUCAUGCGCACUUGCGACAGCGCCGAAACCUAAGCAGCAACGUCUUACGUUUCGAAAUAUAGUUUAUCUGUUAUAAUGUCUAUCUUCCCAAUUGACAAUAUGUUUCAAAAUAUAUUAUUGUUAGACGUUAA